CCUCAUCAUUCGUCUAUAAAAUGGUGAAGGCAGUUGCUAUUGUUACCAUAAGAGCCAGCUCCGACUUCCUUUAAUUUCUUGCUUCAUAUCCACUAGCUACAUCUGUUACCAAGUUAAUUUCAGUCCUAAUGGGGUUUCAUCUCCCACUCAUCUUUGCUCUUCUCAGUCUAGCAGCAGUGGCACUGGCAGACCAUGCUGCUCAACCAGCACCUCAACUUUACUGGAACUCCGUCCUGCCAAACACACAGAUGCCAAGAUCUAUCAGUGAACUUCUGCAUCCUGACUCCACAAAUGAAGAAAAGAGCACAAAUGACGUUGGCAAACCUGAAACUUUCCCAUUGGGCAAUCAACAUUACUCCAGUCAAAAACAUUAUGGAGGCAUACCUGAAACUUUCCCAUUGGGCAAUAAACAUUACUCCAGUCAAAAACAUUAUGGAAGAGGCAAACCUGAAACUUUGCCAUUGGGCAAUCAGCAUUACUCCAGUCAAAAACAUUAUGGAAGAAGCAAACCUGAAACUUUCCCAUUGGGCAAUCAGCAUUACUCCAGUCAAAAACAUUAUGGAAGAGGCAAACCUGAAACUUUCCCAUUGGGCAAUCAGCAUUACUCCAGUCAAAAAAAGUAUGGAAGAGGUGCUUCUCCAUCUGACAAUCAACAACUCCAUUAUAAAGACUUAGCUAUUUUCUUCUUGGAGAAGGACAUGCGCCCUGGCACAACAAUGAAGUUCCAAUUCCGUAGAAAUUCAAACACGGCUACUUUCUUGCCACGAGAAAGCGCUCAAUCGAUCCCCUUCUCCUCUAACAAACUACCAGAAAUUUUCAACCAUUUUUCAGUGAAGCCAACAUCUGAGGAAGCCAAAACAAUUAAGCAAACAAUCGAAGAGUGUGAAGCUCCAGGCCUUAAGGGAGAGGAAAUAUAUUGCGCCACAUCUUUAGAAUCAAUGGUUGAUUUUAGCACUUCGAAGCUUGGAACAAGAAAAGUUGAAGCAAUCUCGACGGAGGUAUUGGAAAAAGGAGCCACCAUGUCCAUCCAAAACUAUACAACAAUGCCGGGACUGAAGAAGUUGGCAGGUGACAAAGUCGUUGUGUGUCAUAAGCAGAACUAUCCCUAUGCUGUGUUUUUCUGCCAUGCAAUAAAACAUACAGCAGCUUAUGCUCUCUCCCUGAAAGGCGAUGAUGGGGAGAAGGUUAAAGCAGUAACCAUCUGCCAUCUAGACACAUCAGAAUGGGACCCAGAGCAUAUGUCCUUCCAAAUCGUCAACGUUAAGCCCGGAACCAUUCCCAUCUGCCAUUUCAUUUCCACUGAUGCUAUUGCCUGGGUUCCGAACCACAAAUCUGCAUGAUCAUCACUUAGCAUUGUACGUAUAAUAAGCUUGGUCGGGUUGCACCCUAGGACUUCAACUUGUACUCCUAAAGCAUGCUAUAUUUAUGAAGAGAUAUUAAUCUAUAAAAAAAAAAAAUUUAUAUA